ACUGUUAAAUUGGAUGCAACCAGUACAGAAUGUGUACACUUAAAUAAGGAUGUUAGCACUGAGGAAGCCCUUGGUGAACACAGUGCAGAUUUGUCAGAGUUACGGAGUGAAGAGAAGUUUGAUUCGUGCGAGAUAUGUAAGAAACCAUUCUCUCGUAGCAAUAAUAUAUCGGAACAUAAAAGUGUAAACAGCAGAGAAACAAUGUCUCAUUGUGAAAAGUGUGUCAGAUCGCCCACUGGGAAGCGCAGUACAAUGCGACCGUUCAGAGGUCAUGAACCUAAGUUAUUAUGCAAUAUAUGCAACAAGUGUUUCAGUAGUCGCUAUGAUCUAGAGAGUCAUACCAGGGUGCACAGUGGAGAACGACCCUUUUCGUGCGAAGUAUGUAAGAGAAAGUUCGCUCAUCGCUCUAACCUAAACAGGCAUCUCAGGGUACACACUGAAGUACGACUUUUUUCAUGCAAAUUGUGUAAUAAGAGGUUCGGUCAGCACUCUCAACUAAAGAUCCAUCUCAGAGUACACACUGGGGAACGACCUUUUUCUUGCGAAGUGUGUAAGAAAAGUUUCGGUCAGCGUUACAACCUAAACGCCCAUCUAAGAGUACACACAGGAGAAAGGCCUUUUUCGUGCAAAAUGUGCGAGAAAAGUUUUUCCCAUCUCUCUGUCUUAAAUAGGCAUCUCAUGAUACACACGGGACAACGACCCUUCUCUUGCAAAGUAUGUCAUAAAAGAUUCACUCAGCCCUACAACCUAAACGACCAUCUAAGAGUACACACCGGAGAACGUCCAUUUUCGUGCAAAAUGUGUGAGAAAACUUUUUCCCAGCUCAGUGUCUUAAAUAGGCCUCUCCUAAUACACACGGAAAAACGACCGUUCUCUUGCAAUGUAUGUCACAAAAGGUUCAACCAGCACUCUAUCCUAAACAAGCAUCUCAGGCUACAUACAGGAGAGCGGCCCUUCUCGUGUAAAUUAUGUAAGAAAAGAUUCACUCAUCUCUCUACUCUGAACGUGCAUCUCAGAAUUCACACAGGCGAACGACCCUUUUCGUGCGAUGUUUGUAAGAAAAUGUUCGCUCAUCGCGGUAACCUAAUAACGCAUCUCAGAACACACAGUGGGCAGCGAACUUUUGCAUGAAAUAUGUGCAAGAAAAAUUCGCUCAAAACUCAAACCUAAACAAGCAUCUCCUAAUAAACAGUGCCGGAAGAAACAUAUAGUGAAAUUUGUACGAACCUUUUUCUGCACAGACAUCCAAACCGGUCUCAUGGGGUACACCAUGAACAAUUAACUUCAGCGUAAUAUACCCAAGAAAUCUUCCAUACAGUGCCAUAGUCUGAUAAAAGUGUCUAUAUUUAUAUUAACUGGUGUGCAGUGUUUAAAAUAUUCAAAUCUGCUAUAGCGAAUUAAGUGAUCACAGAAGCAGAAGGUUCCCCUGUACGACACAUAUUGUACUCGAACGCCCUUCUCACAUCACAAAUUUGUAUUGAACUUUCGACAUUUUGAUUUAUUAGAGAAGUAUUGAUAUAUGAUUCGAAGCCCAUUAUUUUACAUUUGUUUUCAAAAUUUAAAUUGAAAUGUUUAAAAUUUCUAGCAUAUUUAAUUGAAUUUCCACUCUUAUAUCCAUUCAUUUGAUGUACAAAUGCCUGUAUUCAACAAUUAACUUAGCUUCUACAUGUAUAGGAUUCAGUAUUAUUUUUAUAAACUUUUGUCUUGUAUUAGGUUAAUGUAAUUAAUUUGGAAAUAAGAAUUACAAGCCGUCGUAUUUAUUUUAAUUUUGUGAUUUUUCUGUUUUGUGUCGAAGUGUUGUUUCACUGUGUAUGUACUCUCACGUUGUAGAGAAUUUGACUUUGUCUGACUAGACUCGAUGCAUUAUUCGGAUGUUAUAAAUUUAUUUCAAAGCCAUCUUUGUUUCUAACCAUAGUUUUAUUUUGUGCGAGUAACAU